AUGUUACUGGUAAUAGGAAUCGUAAUACCCCCGUUCAAUCGGUUUGUGAUGGGAGACCUACACGUAUAUGAGAUACUAAAUCACCAAAAUGCCAAACAAUUGAUGUUGGGCUGGGGAACCCACUAUUGGGGGCCUCUUAACUACAUUCAAACCCAAAUCAUAGGCAUGUUAUUGGCCUACGCUGUCAGAUAUCAUCCGAAAGCAUAUUUAGGCGGACCUAUAGGUCAUGUGAUCAUUUGGUUCACCACUUUCUUGAUAACAUUGGGUCAUAUGUAUUGGCAAAAGGAUAUGAUCAUGCCCGGGUUUAAAGUAGUCGAUAACAUGUCACUCGAGAUCUAUAUUAUGCAUACAUUUGUGUUUGUGUACAGAAUUGGUGUUCAGCGAGAACUUCGUACAUAUAAUGAAUACUAUAUCUGGUCUUCAGCCAUCGCCGACUUCGUGGCCUCCUAUGUGUUGGCAGUAAUGGCAGGCUUUCUGGUGUCGCGACCCUUCGCCGCAAUGACUCAGGCGUUGAUUAAACCCCAAACAAAACCCAAAGCCGUGUCUAACGAAGAAACGGAUAAAAACUCAACAAAUCUUGAAAAUAAUAAUAAUAAUAAUGUUUCUGAAGAUAUCUCUAAAAAUACAUUUCCUAUACUCGACGCCCAAACCGUC